GCUUUUCUCUGUCCCGCACGUUUGUCCUGCGUCGUUCCUGCUGGGCCGGCGCGGUUUGUUGAGGCGGUUCGCAGCGUGUGGAGAGUGGAACCCUGAGUUCCCGGAGCAUCGGCAGCCAUGGCGGAUGUGACUGCCCGCAGUCUGCAGUACGAGUACAAGGCGAACUCAAAUCUUGUGCUCCAAGCUGACCGCUCACUUAUUGACCGGACCCGCCGGGAUGAACCGACAGGAGAGGUUCUGUCCCUGGUUGGGAAGUUGGAGGGAACUCGGAUGGGAGAUAAGGCUCAACGCACCAAACCACAGAUGCAGGAGGAAAGACGGGCCAAGAGAAGAAAGCGUGAUGAGGACCGGCAUGACAUCAACAAGAUGAAAGGUUAUACGCUGCUGUCAGAGGGCAUUGAUGAAAUGGUGGGCAUCAUCUAUAAGCCCAAAACUAAGGAGACGCGAGAGACCUAUGAGGUGCUGCUCAGCUUUAUCCAGGCUGCUCUUGGAGACCAGCCUCGUGAUAUCCUUUGUGGGGCGGCUGAUGAAGUUCUGGCUGUCCUGAAGAAUGAAAAGCUUCGAGAUAAGGAGAGAAGAAGGGAGAUUGACUUGCUGCUUGGUCAGACAGAUGAUACCAGAUACCAUGUGCUAGUGAAUCUGGGCAAGAAGAUCACAGACUAUGGUGGAGACAAGGAGAUCCAGAAUAUGGAUGACAACAUUGAUGAGACCUAUGGUGUGAAUGUACAGUUUGAGUCUGAUGAGGAGGAAGGUGAUGAGGAUGUGUAUGGGGAAGUUCGAGAAGAAGCUUCUGAUGAUGACAUGGAAGGGGAUGAGGCUGUUGUGCGCUGCACCCUCUCAGCUAAUCUUGUAGCCUCAGGAGAACUGAUGAGUUCGAAGAAGAAAGAUUUACACCCUCGGGAUAUUGAUGCUUUUUGGCUGCAGCGACAGCUCAGUCGUUUCUAUGAUGAUGCCAUUGUGUCGCAGAAGAAGGCAGAUGAGGUGUUGGAAAUUUUGAAGACAGCAAGUGAUGACCGAGAAUGUGAGAACCAACUGGUUCUGCUCCUUGGUUUCAACACUUUUGACUUUAUUAAAGUGUUGCGACAGCACAGGAUGAUGAUUUUAUACUGUACCUUGUUGGCCAGUGCUCAGAGUGAAGCUGAAAAGGAAAGGAUCAUGGGAAAGAUGGAAGCUGACCCAGAGCUUUCCAAGUUCCUCUAUCAGCUGCAUGAGACUGAGAAGGAAGACCUGAUCAGAGAAGAAAGAUCCCGGAGAGAGAGAGUCCGUCAGUCCCGAAUGGACACAGAUCUGGAGACCAUGGAUUUAGACCAGGGAGGAGAAGCUCUGGCUCCACGGCAGGUUCUGGAUUUGGAGGACCUUGUUUUUACACAAGGAAGCCACUUCAUGGCCAACAAACGAUGCCAGCUUCCUGAUGGAUCCUUCCGACGCCAGCGUAAGGGCUAUGAAGAGGUGCAUGUGCCUGCUUUGAAGCCCAAGCCCUUUGGCUCAGAAGAACAACUGCUUCCUGUGGAGAAGCUGCCAAAGUAUGCCCAGGCAGGAUUUGAGGGUUUCAAAACACUGAACCGGAUCCAGAGUAAACUCUACCGUGCUGCCCUGGAGACAGAUGAGAAUCUGCUGCUGUGUGCUCCUACUGGUGCUGGGAAGACCAAUGUGGCCCUGAUGUGUAUGCUUCGAGAGAUAGGGAAACACAUUAACAUGGAUGGCACUAUCAAUGUGGAUGACUUCAAGAUCAUCUACAUAGCUCCUAUGCGGUCCCUGGUGCAGGAGAUGGUGGGCAGUUUUGGAAAGCGCCUGGCCACAUACGGCAUCACUGUUGCUGAGCUGACUGGCGAUCACCAGCUGUGCAAGGAGGAGAUCAGUGCCACCCAGAUCAUCGUGUGCACCCCUGAGAAGUGGGACAUCAUCACUCGCAAGGGCGGGGAGCGCACCUACACCCAGCUGGUGCGGCUCGUCGUCCUGGAUGAGAUCCAUCUUCUACAUGAUGACAGAGGUCCUGUCUUAGAAGCUUUGGUGGCCAGGGCCAUCCGAAACAUUGAGAUGACCCAAGAAGAUGUCCGACUCAUUGGUCUCAGUGCUACCCUCCCCAACUAUGAAGAUGUGGCCACCUUUCUGCGUGUUGACCCUGCCAAGGGCCUCUUCUACUUUGACAACAGCUUCCGCCCAGUGCCUCUGGAACAGACAUAUGUGGGCAUCACAGAGAAGAAGGCUAUCAAGCGUUUCCAGAUCAUGAAUGAAAUAGUCUAUGAGAAAAUCAUGGAACAUGCUGGAAAAAAUCAGGUGCUGGUGUUUGUCCACUCUCGGAAAGAAACUGGGAAGACUGCCAGGGCAAUCCGUGACAUGUGCCUGGAAAAGGACACCUUGGGUCUGUUUCUUCGAGAGGGUUCUGCCUCCACUGAAGUCCUUCGUACAGAAGCAGAACAGUGCAAGAACUUGGAGCUGAAGGAUCUUUUGCCUUACGGCUUUGCUAUUCAUCAUGCAGGCAUGACCAGAGUUGACCGAACACUUGUAGAGGAUCUUUUUGCUGACAAACAUAUUCAGGUUUUAGUUUCCACAGCAACUCUGGCUUGGGGUGUAAAUCUUCCUGCACAUACAGUCAUCAUCAAAGGCACCCAGGUGUACAGUCCAGAGAAGGGGCGUUGGACAGAGCUGGGAGCGCUGGAUAUCCUGCAGAUGCUGGGUCGUGCUGGACGACCUCAGUAUGACACCAAGGGUGAAGGUAUACUCAUCACAUCUCAUGGAGAGCUACAGUACUACCUGUCCCUCCUCAACCAGCAACUUCCUAUUGAGAGCCAAAUGGUAUCAAAGCUGCCUGACAUGCUCAAUGCGGAAAUUGUGCUGGGGAACGUCCAGAACGCAAAGGAUGCAGUGAACUGGCUGGGCUACGCCUACCUGUACAUCCGAAUGCUCCGGUCCCCAACCCUCUAUGGCAUCUCUCAUGAUGACCUCAAGGGAGAUCCCUUGCUGGACCAGCGCCGACUAGAUCUUGUACACACUGCUGCCUUGAUGCUGGACAAGAACAAUCUGGUCAAGUAUGACAAGAAGACAGGCAACUUUCAGGUAACAGAACUUGGCCGGAUAGCUAGUCACUACUACAUCACCAAUGAUACUGUGCAGACCUACAACCAGCUCCUGAAGCCCACUCUGAGCGAGAUUGAACUUUUCCGAGUGUUCUCCUUGUCCUCAGAGUUCAAGAACAUCACUGUGAGAGAGGAGGAGAAGCUGGAGCUGCAGAAGUUGCUGGAGAGGGUGCCCAUCCCUGUAAAGGAGAGCAUUGAAGAACCCAGUGCUAAGAUCAACGUGCUUCUCCAAGCCUUCAUCUCACAGCUGAAACUGGAGGGCUUUGCACUGAUGGCUGACAUGGUGUAUGUGACACAGUCGGCUGGCCGGUUGAUGCGUGCAAUCUUCGAAAUUGUCCUGAACCGAGGUUGGGCACAGCUUACAGAUAAGACCCUGAAUCUCUGCAAGAUGAUUGACAAACGCAUGUGGCAGUCUAUGUGUCCUCUUCGCCAGUUCCGUAAACUUCCUGAGGAAGUAGUGAAGAAGAUCGAGAAGAAAAACUUCCCCUUUGAGCGGCUGUAUGACUUGAAUCAUAAUGAGAUAGGUGAGCUUAUACGAAUGCCGAAGAUGGGGAAGACCAUCCACAAGUAUGUGCAUCUCUUCCCCAAGUUGGAGUUGUCAGUGCACCUGCAGCCUAUCACACGCUCCACCCUGAAAGUGGAACUGACGAUCACACCAGAUUUCCAGUGGGAUGAAAAGGUCCAUGGUUCGUCGGAGGCAUUUUGGAUUCUGGUGGAGGAUGUGGACAGUGAAGUGAUUCUGCACCAUGAAUAUUUCCUACUGAAGGCCAAGUAUGCCCAGGAUGAGCACCUCAUCACAUUCUUCGUCCCAGUCUUUGAACCACUGCCCCCUCAGUACUUCAUCCGAGUGGUUUCUGACCGCUGGCUCUCUUGUGAGACCCAGCUGCCUGUCUCUUUCCGGCACCUGAUCCUACCAGAGAAGUACCCACCUCCAACUGAACUGUUGGACCUGCAGCCAUUGCCCGUAUCCGCUCUAAGAAACAGUGCUUUUGAGAGCCUUUACCAAGAUAAAUUUCCUUUCUUCAAUCCUAUCCAGACUCAAGGUAGGUAUUUGAGUUUUAGAUAUUUGGUUUCCAUGCAUGCUUUUUAUCUCACCUCCCCGCAAGACAGAGUUUCUUUAUAUAACAGCCCUGACUGUCCUAGAACUCACUCUGUAGACCUGAUUGACUUCAACAGUGAUGAUAACGUAUUUGUGGGGGCCCCCACGGGUAGCGGGAAGACCAUCUGUGCAGAGUUUGCCAUCCUCCGGAUGCUGCUGCAGAAUUCUGAGGGACGCUGUGUCUACAUUACUCCCAUGGAGGCUCUGGCAGAGCAGGUGUACAUGGACUGGUAUGAGAAGUUUCAAGACCGGCUCAACAAGAAGGUGGUGCUGCUGACGGGGGAGACGAGCACAGACCUGAAGCUUCUGGGCAAAGGAAACAUCAUCAUCAGCACCCCCGAGAAGUGGGACAUCCUUUCCCGGAGGUGGAAGCAGCGCAAGAAUGUCCAGAACAUUAACCUCUUUGUGGUGGAUGAGGUCCACCUGAUUGGGGGCGAGAAUGGGCCUGUGUUGGAAGUGAUCUGUUCCCGGAUGCGAUACAUCUCCUCCCAGAUCGAGCGGCCCAUUCGCAUUGUGGCACUUAGCUCAUCACUCUCCAACGCCAAGGAUGUGGCUCACUGGCUAGGCUGCAGUGCCACCUCCACCUUCAACUUCCACCCUAAUGUGCGCCCCGUACCGUUGGAACUGCAUAUCCAGGGCUUCAACAUCAGCCAUACACAGACUCGCCUGCUGUCUAUGGCCAAGCCCGUGUACCAUGCUAUCACCAAACACUCACCCAAGAAGCCUGUCAUCGUUUUUGUCCCAUCUCGGAAGCAGACCCGCCUCACUGCAAUAGACAUUCUCACUACCUGUGCAGCAGACAUCCAACGGCAGAGGUUCUUGCACUGUACUGAAAAAGAUCUGAUCCCUUACUUGGAGAAGCUAAGUGACAGCACGCUCAAGGAAACACUGUUAAAUGGGGUGGGCUACUUACAUGAAGGACUGAGCCCCAUGGAGAGGCGCCUGGUAGAGCAGCUCUUCAGCUCAGGGGCUAUCCAGGUGGUGGUGGCUUCUCGAAGUCUCUGCUGGGGUAUGAAUGUUGCUGCUCAUCUAGUGAUCAUCAUGGAUACUCAGUACUACAAUGGCAAGAUCCAUGCCUAUGUGGACUACCCUAUCUAUGACGUGCUUCAGAUGGUGGGUCAUGCCAACCGUCCCCUGCAGGAUGAUGAGGGGCGCUGUGUCAUCAUGUGUCAAGGCUCUAAAAAGGAUUUUUUCAAAAAGUUUUUAUAUGAGCCAUUGCCGGUAGAGUCUCAUUUGGACCACUGUAUGCAUGACCACUUCAAUGCUGAGAUUGUCACCAAGACCAUUGAGAACAAGCAGGAUGCUGUGGACUACCUCACCUGGACCUUUCUGUAUCGCCGGAUGACACAGAACCCCAAUUACUACAACCUUCAGGGCAUAUCCCAUCGUCAUUUGUCUGACCACUUGUCAGAGCUGGUGGAACAGACCCUUAGUGACCUGGAGCAGUCCAAGUGCAUCAGCAUUGAGGAUGAGAUGGAUGUGGCGCCUCUGAAUCUGGGCAUGAUUGCUGCCUACUAUUACAUAAACUACACCACCAUUGAGCUCUUCAGCAUGUCUCUGAAUGCUAAAACCAAGGUUCGAGGACUUAUUGAGAUUAUUUCCAACGCGGCAGAGUAUGAGAACAUUCCAAUCAGGCAUCAUGAAGACAACCUACUGCGCCAGUUGGCUCAGAAGGUCCCCCACAAGCUGAAUAAUCCCAAGUUCAAUGAUCCACAUGUGAAGACCAACCUGCUGCUGCAGGCUCACCUGUCCCGUAUGCAGCUGAGUGCUGAACUACAGUCAGACACAGAGGAGAUCCUUAGUAAGGCAAUCCGACUCAUUCAGGCCUGUGUGGAUGUACUCUCUAGCAAUGGUUGGCUCAGCCCUGCUCUGGCAGCCAUGGAACUGGCUCAGAUGGUCACCCAAGCCAUGUGGUCUAAGGACUCUUAUCUGAAGCAGUUGCCACACUUCACCUCAGAGCAUAUCAAACGUUGCACAGAUAAGGGAGUGGAGAGUGUUUUUGACAUCAUGGAGAUGGAGGAUGAAGAACGGAACGCACUGCUUCAGUUGACUGACAGCCAGAUUGCAGAUGUAGCCCGCUUCUGUAACCGCUACCCGAAUAUCGAACUGUCUUAUGAAGUAGUGGAUAAAGACAGCAUCCGCAGUGGCGGGCCAGUUGUGGUGCUAGUGCAGCUGGAGCGAGAAGAGGAAGUCACAGGCCCUGUUAUUGCACCACUCUUCCCACAGAAACGUGAAGAGGGCUGGUGGGUUGUGAUUGGGGAUGCCAAGUCCAACAGCCUCAUCUCCAUCAAAAGGCUGACCCUGCAGCAGAAAGCCAAGGUGAAGCUAGACUUUGUGGCCCCAGCCACAGGUGGCCACAACUAUACUUUGUACUUCAUGAGUGAUGCUUACAUGGGAUGUGACCAGGAGUAUAAAUUCAGUGUGGAUGUGAAAGAAGCUGAGACAGACAGUGAUUCAGAUUGAAUCUGAGGCAUUCUCUCAUGUGUAGGGGCAUCGAACCUGGAAACAGCAAUGUGGAUAGUUCAGGGGGAACUGGUUUUGGAGAUCCGGUCUGUUAGCCUGAGGUCUGACCAUUCAGGCUUCUGCUGUUCCCAGUCCACAUCUAGUAUCUUUCCCACUUUGGAUCAAGCAGUUCAAGCUCUGGGUCCAGUAUUUUCAAGUGUCAUGUCAAGUAUAAACUGUGUACAGUAGCUGGAAGGCAUUCUUUUUGUAGUUCCUGAGUCAGACAUUCUAAUAAAUAAUUUGGAAAAACUGUUCUUAACA